AUGAUACAAUAUGGAAUGGUCAGUUGUGGCAAAUAAGUAAUACAUACAUAUUUACUUAAGAUGUUAUACUGUACCAUUCUCUCGUCAAUGUCAUCUACAUAUCACAGUAUGUAACGAUGCUACUCACAUCAUUAGUACUUUUUUAGUCAUGUGCACAAAGUUAAAUGUAGCAUAGUUUGUAUGCGGAAUAUAUUAUCAAUAAAGUUGAGCAAGUUUUUCAGCUGACAUAAAGAUUUUCAUACACUUAAUUUUUGUUGUUCUGCUGUUUUUGUUAUUAGAGCUCUUAACUAUCGUCAUGAAGAAUUUAACAGAGCUGGAAUUAGACAAUUAUAUCCGACACAUUCUCGUCUUUCCAGGCUGGAAAGAGGAACACAAAAAAUGCAGAGAUAAUCAUAAUGAGAUUAAAUUUGUGACUCAGCUUAUUCAAAGAUUUCAAGAACAUUGUUAUUUCCAUAACAUUGGGUUGCUUACUACCCCGCCGGAAGAACGUCGCUCCGUCCGUGCAGCGGAUUGCGUUACUCUCGGGAUGUCUGGGGCUGGUGGCGUUUGUGUCCAUCUCAACGCGUGGUUUGUCUCCGUCCUCAAAAGUCUUGGAUUCCAGGCGCAUAUCUCUGCCGGGAAUUAUUUUGCUUAUAUCCCAAGCCCUGAAGGCACCCAUUGCAUCGGGAUUCUUCAACUGCAGGGCAAAGUUUAUGGGGUGGAUGUCGGUUGUAGUAAUCCGAUAGAUGAACCGAUACCUUUGCAUCAGCUCCCGUACACCAGAAGGGCAGGUGGAGUAAGAUAUGAAUACCGAUAUAAUGCAGAUGGAGACUGGUACGAGAGGUGGCAAUUGGAUGGGACAAUUUUAGGAGAGAAAUUUGAGGAUGAAAACGAGGCACAGUUACGUUAUAGAUUUACAACAAGGCCAAAACCAAUCUCCUAUUUUGAAGAGAACCUUGUCACCAUUUUUACAGAUGCAGAAAACUCAAAAUUCCUCAGAAACUUGUUACUAUUCAGAGCUUUGCCUUCCCCACUCGACAGUGAAGAGGGGGACAUUAGCGGCAAGGGUCGUAAAUUUGUGGUAAUAUUUACAAAGUCUGUGGCUGUGUAUGAUGCUGAAGGUAAAAAUGCCAAAAAGUUUGAAUCUUAUAGAGAAAUGGAAUCCUUUAUUAUUAAGUAUUUUCCUAAACUGGAUUCUACUUUGGUUACAAAAGCAUUAACAUAUUUGGACAGUUUAUGAAAUGUGUUUAAAUACCAUUAGUUUGAACUAAUUAUUUGAACAUUACUAUCGAUUAUUAAAUUAUGAAGGACAUGUAAGUUCAAUGUAAACGGACACCCAACAGAACAUACAUAUUUAAUAUGAAAAUAUGAAUUACUUAAAUAAUUUAAUUUAGUAUUGUUAAUUAGUUAUAGUGUAUAAACAAAUCAUGUCUUGUUGUAUGUAGAUGAAAUUUAGUUGUCGUUUAGCGGGUAGCCACUAGUAAAACUUAUAAUAAAGCAUUUAAGAUAA